CUAAGAGGAAAAGCCUUUAUUAAUAGUUGCCAGCUUGCUGCUGGUGUUGAGCCUGGCUAGGGGAGAGAAACCGUGGGAGAGGGUAGAAAACGUAUGAUAGAUAAAAGGUACAUUUAUAGAUCGAUCAACAUCUUGCAACGUGGAAGAAAGGAAGCGAACAGACAUCACCAGCAACUUGGCUCCAUCUCUUCUCUCCCCUGGCUCUCCCACGCCUAAAGACACCACCCAGUCAUAUCAUAAAGUCACCUAGUGCCUCUCUGCCUGAUAGAUCAUUGGUUUCCCCUGAAACAGCACACCAGCAAGACAGAAGAAACGUAAGGGAAGUGGAUUUCCUACUCAACUCAGUCACAUACAUUUUAGUUACCAAAGUCAACUCUCUGUACUUUCCUGCCCCCCGAAAUCAUUAUUCCAGUUUUUGACCUGUGCUAAAACCAAAACGUCCUCAUCGUCAUUCAUCAGUAGCGCACGUUCUCUCGUUAAGUCUGUUCACAUAAGACCUCUGUAGACGACGCUCGCCACCAUUAUGGCCUCCAUCACCCAGUCACCCGAGCCCGAGAUCCUAGACAACCACAAAGAGAGCUGGCUGGUGCUACUUUCCGCUGUGGAAGCAUAUUGCCAAAAGUCCGGCUGUGACCUGGCCAUAAUUACAGCCUCCAAGACAUUUCGGCCAUCAGCUGGAGAUGGGGUGAGGAAGCGGGAGAGCGGCAGUGCCUUUCCAAGGGAGUGUGAUUUCUCCUAUAACGUGUGGGGUCAGGGGAUUCUGGCUGAGUCGGCGCGCCGCUACAUGGACGACAUCGCAGUGCUGCACUCCACCACCAUGCUGACGGCUCAGAAGCACACGAGGCCGGCUGGGGGAGAGGGAGGAACCAAGCUGGUGGUUGACCUGACCUCUGAUCCUGGACACAGGGGGAGCUAUACAGGGGACGGUGGCGUGGGCGGAGUCAGCCCCAAUAGCAGGCUGUUCUCCCAAAGCUACCCGUCAAUCUACAGCUCAGGAGCCGGUAGCGGACAGGGCAGUAACGGGGAGAGGGAACGAGAGAAGAGCGUCCUGGAGGCCGAGCGGGGGAGACAGAGGUCUGGGAUUGUGGAUUUGGAAGAGGAGUGUGAAGAUGAGGAGGAGGAGGAAGAUAUGGAUGAGAGGAGACCCUAUGGGAAUGAAAGCGCUGGUGUCUUCUCCAUGGACGAGGACUCUCUGUCCCGGGACUGUGAGCCGUUCUUUGAGUCUGAUGGGGAGGAGGAAAGCACUGACGGCUCGCUCAGCGAGGACGCUCCGCCGCCGUCGCGCAGCAUGGCCGUGGGUCAGGCCGCGGUCUCGGCCCGUCACAGCCACUCCAUGGCUCUGGCCCGCUCGUUGCCUGUAUCGGUGCCCGUGUGGGGCUGCAGAGGGAGCAGAGCUGCUCAGGCGGACAGCAACAGUGGCGAGCGGGUCGGCUGUGCUGACUUGGAGCACAUCGCCGCCAGUAUGAAAGCCCUGCUGGCCCCCGGAGCCACCGACGGAACAGAGAUGUUCGGGGCUCUGCCUCGACCCCGGCUGAACACAGGGGACUUCUCCCUUAAGCACUGAGGGAGGGAGAGCGAAGGAGCCGCGAGCGACAGUUGGAGUGAUCAAUGAAUGUGGGGAGAGAUUGUCAUGACAGGAGCGGAAGUGAAUCGACGGGCAGUAUGUGAAAACGGCGUCAAUGCUAGUACCUCCAUUUAUUUCUCACUAACCAAGAUUAAUGCCACGUGCUUUGAGGAGUAACUGAAGCAGAAAUAAUGUAUGAAUACUAAUAGCGUUUUUUUCAACACUACCCCUGCACCUCACUACACGGUUCACAAUAACUACACCACAUCCCCCGACACUACGUUCAGGAUCAGACGUCAACAUGUGUGUAGUGAUCCAAACCAACACUAAAACGUGUGUAACAGUGUUCAUGCACCUUCACCUUUGAUCCUAUUACCCGUAAUAAUUGUUGUCUUCACAGCUCCAUGCUACCACUUUUGCACAUGGUGCGUUACUGUAUGAUAAUGAGCUAAAUGCUAAGUACUCCAGGACAUCUCAACUUUUUUUAAAACCUUUUUUCGCACCACAUGUUUCUCAAAAUUGAUCGUUUUGAGGUGACAUUUUAAACUUUUUUUUUUAUAGCGUGCACAGAUGAAACGUGCGCGACAUCCCUCCUCCCGCGUUCGCUCUUUGCUUUGAGGCGUUCUCGCUCGUUAGUCACUCUAAUAAACCGGCUUCGCUGUCACAUCGUGGACAAACGCGUUCGCGUGGAGUGCUAACACCACUGAUGUCCCUCUGACCACAUGCAUAAUUCUCCGCAUGCUCAGGCCUCUCUUCCUGCCAACAUGACCGACCGGGCCAGUUGUUGCGCUCCCUCCAAAACCAAACCAUUCUCCAAAGGGGUAGAAACCACAGAAAUGGUCGACUUAACGCGAAGCUUGUGGCUUUCCUAAAAUGUGAGCGGAGGACACCGGCACCUCCUCAUAACAUGCCUAUUUGUACUUUUUCGCCAAUGAAUGACUGAUAGCAUGAUUGUAACUCAAUACUGAGUUCUGGGGAAUUUUUUGGUUUCUUCUUUAGCCUCCAGAUGCGUUGUUGAAAUGAAUGAAUGCGUGAGGAACUGACCGUGUAUAUGAGAGAGAGAGAGAUGAAAAGGAACAAAUGUGUAGGGAAGACAUUUCAAAAAUACGUGCUCUGUUAAAUCCUUUUAUGUUUCAAAUAAAGGAGCAACACCAAGAGAAGAAA